GCGCACGCAGCCUACAGCAAAGCCUCGGUACCCGGCAAGCUCGCAAGAGGUGCGUUCUAGCGAAGUGCGUCGCUCUAUACACGGUUUGUUCGCGCGCGUCCUUUUCAACGGUGAACGAGUGAGUGUAGUUUUUUGUUGUUGUAGUUCCAGUCAACUUCGCGCGAAAUAGGUGGGGGUGAGGGUUUUUCGAUCUAGCCACGAUCGAGCUUUACGGCCCCCAAGAUAAGCCUAAUUAAGCGGGGCCCCCACGAUCGAUAAGUGAAUAAUUCGGCACCCGCGCUGUUUUCCGCCCGCUGCUGCUGCUGCUGCUGCCGUUUGUGAUUAUAUUAUUCGCUUCACCUUCGGCACUGGAGCUGCGUAAAACAAAAGGGAAGAAACAGUGAUUGCUGGGUGCCUGGCCGGGUGUAAGGAAUUACAACAAAUUCUUCCCAGCAAAAACCCCCCCGCGGGGAGCAAUCUAGGGAGGCUGUUCUUCUAGUUGCGUGGAUGCUGCUCGCGUGUGUGUGUGUGUCUAUUUUUUCGCGUUUUUUCACUCCCCAAAACGGCCCUCGGAGUGUGGUUCAGUGAAGCGAAGUUUCGGUAGAGUGUAAAUUAUUGUUGAUGGUAUAAUUAAAGCAAAUAAGUGCUUGAUUAUUAUCCCUUGCCCAAUAAUUCGAUCUUUGUUUUGAGCGCUAGUUGAUGCUACUGGAAAGGCUGCGAAACGAAGACGAACCGUGUAUGUGUGCGUGUGUUUGUGUGUGUGUAAUUGUGCCAAGUGAUCGAUUGGAAGUGUGCAGUGUGAGAAGAGGGAAAAGGUACAACCUCUAAGCUUCCUCUAUAUCAUCCGGCGUUGUGCGGAAAGAAUCAGCUUACUAGUGAUCGCUUUUAGCCCUUUUGUGAGAAACAGGAGGAGACUAAGUCCUCAUCCGAUACCAAUAUCAAUGCCAUGCUGCCUCUUCUGCACUGUGCCGUUGAAUGUGUGUGAAAAAAGUAUCCAAUUGCUAAAAUAAAGUGUGUAAAACAAAGGAAGAUAUAAAUCGGCAAACCCUGCCCUGGCCGGAAUUUGCGAAUAAAGCUCCUGCCCCAAUCAUAAUGGCACUUUGCGUUCGAAAGGCUCGCGAACCGUGCUACGGUCCAUUAGCUAAUUAUAAGCAACCGUCAGGGUGGCUGGCGGCGGCGGCGGCACCACCCGCCAGACUGCUGCUGCUGCUGUCGACGAUGCUGCUGACGCUGCCAGCAGUCCACGGGAUGGGGCUGGCAGCGACAGUGCCGUCGAAGAUCGAACCAGUCCAUCAUCGCUGGACGCGCUCGGAAGCGAUGGACCCGAACGGGCUGUACACGCUCGACUGGCACAUCGACCAGAAGGACAUCGUGUUCACGGCGACCGCCAACACGCGCGGCUUUAUGGGGCUCGGCUUUUCCCACCGGUCGGAGCAUAUGGCCGGGUCGGAUCUGGUGCUGGUGUGGGUCGACGAUCGCACCGGGAAACCGAACGUGCUGGAUUGCCAUGGUUCGAAAGACAAUCAUCACAUGCCGGUACAGGACGAUACGCAAAACUAUCACAUCGAGAGUGGAUUCCAGAACCUAACGCACACUAGCGUUACCUUCCGGCGGGCACUUGAGACGUGUGAUCCUCACGAUGUAAUCAUUGGUUCCGAUACGAUGAAGAUCCUGUGGUCGUACGGUGACCGGGACCCGGUAGCCGGCAGUCUAAAGGGGCACAGCGGUAACCGUGGCGCCCGGUCGAUCCACUUUCUCGGUCCAAUGUUUCGCCGACCGGCGGAUGCAUUGCAACGGGACGACCUGCGGCAAUGGGACGUGACGGUGAAGAACGUGUCCAUCGAUACGAGCAUGGAUACGCUGUACUGGUGCAAGAUACUGAAGGCACCGACACUGCGCGAGAAGCAUCACAUCAUCGGUUACGAGGCACUGCUGACGAAGGAAAGCUCCACGAAACAGCCACUGGUUCACCACAUGACACUGUUCGAGUGUUCCACCAACUCGUACCCCGGUUCCGACCCGAACUCCUGGGACGUGUGGGUAAAGAGCAGCGGGGCGGUCUGCAACAGCAAUCUCCUGACGCCCCGCGACUGGGACUCGUGUAUCACACCGAUCGCUACCUGGGGCGUCGGUGCAUCGGGCCAGUUCCUGCCCGAGCACAUCGGCAUCCCGAUCGGGGGCGAUAAGGGCGCGCCGAAAUAUUACAUGCUCGAGGUGCACUACGACAAUCCGCGCGCCAAGCGCGUGCUGGACCAUUCCGGCUUUCGUAUCCACUAUACGCGCCACGUGCGCAAGCAUGACGCCGGCAUGAUGAUAUCCGGCGUGUCCGUGUCCGACACGCAGAUGAUUCCGCCCGGCCAGAAGCUGUACCGCAACGUCGGCAUCUGCGGUCCGUCCUGCACCGGGGCGGUCUUUCCGGCCGAGGGCAUUAACAUCGUGUCGGCCGCACUGCACUCGCACGUGGCGGGCAGAAAGAUGAAGCUGCGGCAUGUGCGGGACGGCAAGGAGCUGCCACGGAUCGUGGAGGACGACAACUACAACCAUAACUUCCAGCAGGUCCGCCAGCUGGAAAACGAAACGAGCGUACUGCCGGGAGACUAUCUCAUUACCGAUUGUGCCUACGAGACUGUCGGUCGACGACGGCCCACGCUCGGUGGCUACUCGACCAAGCAGGAGAUGUGCCUGUCGUUCAUCACCUACUAUCCGAAAAUCGAACUAGCCGGCUGCUACAGCAUGACGCCGGUGAAAGAGUUCUUCGAAACGUUCGGCGUGUUUCAGUUCUACGCAAUGAACAUGACCGACGUGGAGAAUCUGUUCCUGUACAAUGGCAACAUACUGGACCUGCUGCCGACGACCGUGUUUCCCAACUUCGCACCCGGCGGUGACGUCGACGACGAGCAGAACCAGCUCGCAAUCAAGGCGCUGCAGAAUGCGAAAGACUACAGCGUCAUUGACGAGGAGGACGUGCUGUACAAGGAAUCGAUACUGAACAAGCUGAUCAUAUCCGAUCCGGUCGAGUUUCACGACCGCACCUUCCUGUCGCACCUGAACCAGCUGCCCUGGUCGGAGCCACUGUUUACGAGGCGCGUCGAGCAGAGCAUCCUGACCGGGAAGCACAUGACGUUCUGUCGCGUUUCGAGCGAUUCUAUUUCUGUGGCGUCGGAAAUAUUUAAGUAUCCCGUCUUUGACACGUUCGUGAAGGCACCGAGCCAAUGCCCGUACCAUCUGUUCAUGGAGUUUGCGGACCACACCUCCGCCGCGACCAAACAGAUGUCCAGCACGAAGCUGCUCGUGCUCUUCCUAUUAAUACUGUAUCGACGGUUUUGUACGGGCGACUACCAUUAGCACCUACCAUCCACCAUCCAUCACCAACGACUUGGGGGUGAAAGUUGCGUUUCGUGGAAAAUCUGACUCCCUGCGACUUCUGACGGGAAAUCGCUCUCAACGAAGAGCAGAGGGGGUUGCUUGUUGAAUGCGGUCCCGCGACCGGCACACUGUUACUUAUACUUCUU